AUGAAAAAAAUGAUGCUCAGGAAGCUGGGCAAACCAGUUCCAAAACCACCCACCGGAGUCCGGUCGGCUCCACCGCCACUACCGGCCCCGGACUCUUCCUCAGCAUCCUCUUUAGUUCCGACGACUGAAAAGCAAUUCGACCAACUGAUUAAUGUGGUCAAGGUGCACCUUAAACCCUCCUUCACUCCUCAGGAAUUGGUGUCUUUCCUCAAGUCUCGCAUUCGCCAUCAUCCCGCACUCACCCACCUCGACUUCCACCUUUUCCGCUACGCCGCGACUCUCGACACUUUCCGGCACGACCACAACACGUUCGAGUGGAUGACGCGAUCGCUUGCCACCUCCGACCGCUUUGAUUCCCUGAAUGUUCUCGUUCAGUUCAUGGCUUCCAACCCCUGCCCCUGCUCGGAUGGUAUCUUCUCUUGUCCUAAAACUGAACCCAUAUUCCGUUUCGCCAUUAAUACUUACUGUAGAGUUGGUAGAUUCGAUGAUGCAUUGUUUGCUUUUGAUUCGAUGAAAAGACUGAUUGAUGGGAAGCCAAACGUUGCUUUAUACAAUAUAAUAAUUAACGGGUUUGUGAAAUAUAAGCACUUUGAGAAGGCUCUGGAGUUUUACGAAAAGAUGAUUAGGGACAGGGUUAAGCCUGAUGUGAUAUCGUUUAAUACUUUAAUUAGUGGGUACUGUAAGAAUUCACAGUUUGAAUUGGCUUUGGAAAUGUUUAAGGAAAUGAAGAACAAAGGGUGUGUUCCUAAUGUGGUUAGCUUCAACACUUUGAUCAAAGGGUUCUUCAGGGAAGGAAAAUUGGAACAAGGAAUAGGAAUGGCUCAUGAGAUGAUUGAACUAGAUUGUGAGCUUUCAAGUGUAACUUGUGAGAUUUUGUUUAAUGGACUUCAUAGAGGUGGGAAGAUCAUGGAAGCAUGCAACUUGCUGAUUGAUUUCUCGAGAAAGAGGGUUCUUCCUAAAUCUUUUGAUUAUUUCGAGCUAAUUGAGAGGCUCUGUCAUGACAGAAAUGUAGGGAAAGCAAUGGUGAUCGUGGAUGAGUUGUGGGGUUCAGGGUAUUCUCCGAGCUUAAUUGCUUGCAUAGUUUUGGUUGAAAGUCUUCGAUGUAAUAGAAGAAUUGAUGAGGCAUGUAGAUUUGUUGAAAGGAUGCUAAGAGAAUGCAGUUUACCGGAUAGUAUUACUUUGAACUGUCUUCUUCGCGACAUGUGUGAAGCAGGAAGGGCUGUGGACGCUAAUAAGUUGAGGUUGUUGGCUGCCAGUAAGGGUCUUGAACCUGAUGGUAUGACUUACAGGAUCUUGAUAUAUGGCUAUACUAAAGAAGCUAGGAAGGAGGAGGGCAAAGCUCUAGUGGAGGAGAUGUUGGACAAGGGUUUGAUACCUGAUAUUGCUACCUAUAACAGAUUGAUGGAUGGACUAGGUUAA